UCUUCCAGCUCUAGAUGGCAUAUUUUAUUUUGUAAAAAAAAAACUCGACGCGAGCAGCGCACGGCUCGGAAAUGCCAUUAAAGUUCUUGAAAAAGUGUCGCCAGUACAAUGUGACGUCCAAGAGUUUAUUUGUUAUAUCAGUGCAUCACCUGCUAGACACCUCCAGUACGGUUGAUUGCACGAUCAGUUCGGAGAGCAAGGGGCAGGAGUGCCUGGACAAUGUGUGCCAGCGACUGCUCAUUCAGCAGCCGGAGUUCUUCGGACUGCGCUACCUGGUCAAGGGCAAGGACAAGGACAAGGAGGACGAGUUCAAAUGGAUCGAUCUGGAGCGUUCGCUGAGCCGUCAGCUCGAGAAGUAUGCGGCGGGGCCGAAGAUCUACCUUCGGGUUCGCCACUACGUGACCACUGGCGUGCGCCACCUGAGCGAUGAGGCCACGCGAUUCUAUUACUUCCUUCAGCUGAAGAGCGACAUCUACGAGGGUCGCAUCGCCUGCGAUAUCCGCACAGCCAUCUUGCUGGCCCUCUACUGCCGUCAGGCGGAGUACGACAGCUAUCAGGGCGACAAGCAGAGCAAGGAUUACCUGAAAAAGUCGCUGGUGCUGCCGCGCAACAUGCAGGGGCUGGCCAACGACGACAGCAUGCUGGAAGGUCUUAUUGUGGAGGUGCUGCAGCAGCAGGCGGGCCUGGCGCAUCUCGGUCAGAGCCAGGCGGAGGAGAUGUACAUACAGUGCUGCCAGCAGCUGGACGGAUACGGCGAGGAGCGCUUCGCCGCCAAAGACACUCUGGGCAACGAUCUGCAGCUGGGCUUGGCCAUUAACGGGAUGGUGGUGAACGCGGACAACGGACGCCAAUACUUUCCUUGGAAGGACUUUCACACGGUGACCAUCGACAAGCGUACCAUCAAGAUCGAACAGAAUCGGCUGGACGGCGACGGCAGCAUAGUAGGCAGCUUCAUCUUUGGCGAGGCGGACACUGCGCGCUACUUCUGGAAGCUCUGCAUUAGUCAGCACAAGUUUUUCAAGCGCUACAUUGACACCGCCACGCCCUCCAGCCUAGGUAGCGGGGCGGACGUUGAAAGCGGUCAUUUGGGAGCCGAUAGCGUCGGUUAUGUGGACUUCGAUUACGCCGAGGCCGCCGAGCAAUUGCAACAGCAACAGCAGCAUCAGCAGCAGCAAAUGCUUUCCUCAAACAUUUCCCUGGCCGCCAGCCAUAGCCACAGCCAGCUCCUGGGACAGAGCAGCUCCUGCCUCGAUCUGAGCAACAACAACCUGCACAGCAGCAGCAGCAACAACAACAACGAGGAGCGGGAGCGCCUGAAAGCGAUGCUGCCCACAUACCGGCCAGCGCCGGACUAUGAAACGGCUGUGCAGCUCAAGUAUCGCACUCCAUCCGCGGAGCUGCACAAUGUGGCGGUAGCAAUGGCCAAUCCCGGUACCACCUACUAUGCCGGCUCCCAGCCAGAUGUACAUAAUCCGGGCGUUUACAACGAGAACCUGCUCUAUGGCCACCUAACGGCCCACCGGUACCCGGACGUGGCCCAGCCGGCAGCAGCCCUCCAUCACCACAUCAACCUGUACCAGACGAAGCAACAGGUGCAGCCGGUAAGCACGGCCCAGGCAUAUCUGGAGCUUUCUCAGCGCAUGCACAUGAUGCGACACAAGGCGCCGCCGCCGUACCCGGUUAAUCGGUUGAGCUCCUCGUCGACCCCCGACCUGGCCGUGGCGACGCCCCGUCCUUUGCAGGGCUACCGCAACUACGUGAGCGGCUCGUCGCCGGAUCUAGUCUCCAACCGCACCCUUCUCAAUGGCGGCCAGUAUCUAGCUCUGGCCGCAGGCGGGCAUGCCGGGAACAUGCCCACCUCCUCCGGAGCCACCAUGCUGCACCAGUACCAAUACGUUGGUCACAUGGGUCAUUCGCAGCCCUAUCUGCCGCCACACGGAACCUUCGAGAACCUCAACAUGAUUGAGGAGCAGCCGUCCAUCAUGUCCCAGCUGCGGCAGUCGGCGAUGAGCCAGGCUGCAGCCGCGGCCGCUGCAGCCGUUGCUACACAGAGUUCACCCACCCUACCGCCCAGCGGCUAUCGCAGCUCUGUGCCGCCACCAGCCAGCAGUCCGCAGCCUCCAGUCGCUCCCUCCCAGAAGGCCAACACACCCACACCUCUGCAGCGGAGCGUAGUGAACGGAUCCAUAGAGCCCAUCUAUGAGAACCUGCCGCAGCGUGCUUCUGGUGGCAGCAGUGGAGCAGCACACGCCGAGGCCAUGCGCCAGCGAGCCUCGUCCAUACAAUCGGCCCCGCCUGGCGUUGUGCCCGUGCCGGCUGCACGGCAUGCCAGCACAAACAACGUGGUCACGGUGACGGUGAAUGCCCAACCGGACGACGAUAUCACGCCAAACAUGGUGAAGUAUGGAGCAGAGCGUUCCGCUAUCGCGGAGUUGCAGUUCCAAGAGCCGCAGCUGCCGACUCGCUCCAUCCGGGCAGCCAGUGCUGCUCCGGCCAUUGGAGUCACUCCUCCGCCCCGCCAACAUCGGUCCACAGCGAGCCUAAACAAGUCGACCAUCGACGUCAUCUCGUCGGCUGGGGACCCACUGCAGCAGCAAUUUAGUGCCAUGAACCUAUCUGCCAACACAUCAGCAUCCACAUCCUCCGUGUUCAACUCGACGCUGGACACCACAUCCUCGUCGGCGGCCAGCAAGGAUGCGAAGCGCAAAAAGCGCUGGAAUUUCCUUGCACGCAGCAAGACCCCUGACAAGCAAAAGUCCGCCACUCUGGGCAGGGAGAAGGCAGCGACAGCAGGUCAGCACGCCAAGCUAGCAGCAAAGCUAAAGCUGGCUCAGGAUGAUCUCAACCUGCCGCAUCGUUGGUCCACCGGUGUCAGCAAGCCGCAGCCAAUUUCUGGCAGGUAUUCCAAGGAUAAGCUGUGCCAAAUCCUUAAUGAAAAGCUUCAGGACUCGCAGUUAUUUAUGGAGUUUGAGCGCAUACCGAAGCGGCGAGAGCACGCCCUGUACGAGUGUGCCCUGCUGGAGGAAAAUGAGCCCAAGAACCACGAUCCAAACUUUUUGCCCUACGACGACAACCGUGUGCGCUUAGUGCCAUCGAUGGAAAAUCGACAUGGAUACGUGAAUGCCUCUUAUAUAUCUGCCACUGUGGGAACCAAGCAACGUUUUUACAUUGUGGCGCAAUCGCCACAAGAGUCGCAGACCAUGAACACCUUUUGGCAGUGUGUCUGGGAGGCUGACGUAUACUUGGUAGUUCAGCUAACCGAGGACAUGAGGUACAUUCCCCUGAGCAGUCAACAGCGUCUGGAGUUUGGACAGUUUCAAGUAUAUCAGGAAUUCUCACAAACAACCGACCGAUGCACCACCAGCAAGUUGCGCCUCUUUCACGCUCCCUCGCGCCGCUACCGUUCCGUCUGGCAUCUGCAGUACGCAGACUGGGCGGAACAGAAUUGUCCGCGCGACGUCAACCACUUUUUGGACUUUCUUGAGGAGCUCAACUCGGUUAGACUGGCAUCCACGCACGAGGUGCCGCCAGGACACAAUACGAAUCCUCCCGUUUUGAUUCACUGCCUCGAAGGGGGCGGUCGUUCGGGGGUCACACUGACGGCGGAUCUUCUGCUUUAUACCCUGGACCACAACGAGGACCUGGACAUACCGCGGGUCAUCGGGCAGCUGCGACAUCAACGUGAUAGCAUUAUACCGUCCCUGGCGCAAUACAAGUUCAUUUACAAUUUGCUCAUUACGUAUUUAAAGCGUACGAGGUUGAUAUGAGGAUGAGAACUGCUUUCUAAGCAUGCAUUAGUGUCCAAAGCAUUCUAUGUCCUGAGAGCGAACAAUUUUAUUUAAGAAGUCGUUAGAAAAGUGCCUUUUACUAUGCGUAUUCCCAAUCAAAAACAGUGUAUUUUAUUACAUAUGCAACGUUAAAUUUCGUUCCGAUUGUAUUUGUUUUUAAGUUCCAGACUCUAUUGUCGAAAGUAGGGCUAAGUGAGCUACAAAUCGCGUUAAUCGUAGUGCCCUAGCUAGAUAAGGUAGCUCCGUAUCCACGCAAAUACUUGUUAGGUUUAAAGCCAAAUUAUUUAUAGACAACUGUAUUUUAUCUAAAGUUGAAACAAAACUUAACGAAUUGAUAACCCCACAAGAAGCAAUAAAAAUAUAACAUUAUUGGUAUAAA